UCUGUCUGAGUGAUAGACAGAAGUGUUAAUUAUUACAAACUUGCAACAUUAAUAUAUUUGCGAUAGUAUUGAGUGCAAACAUGUUAGUACCAGUUACGUCACUCGUUCAUGCAAAAGUAAGUUGCCUGAAGCUAUGUGGAAAUUUCCAUCAGCCAGCUGUAAUUAUGUUUAUUUAGCCACGCGCAGCACAUUGACCAAUGAGAGGGAAGCUACAUGGUAGAAACUUCCAGCAAAAUUUGACACACCUUUCAAAAGAAGCCGGCAGUCGCUCUGAACUUUGAGUGUUAAGAUUAAACAUUACAAUUCAGCUAAGAAUUUUGUAAAACAGUACUUGUAAGUUAAAUGCUCCAGUUGCGUCACCAGACGUUGGUUUCUAAGUUAUAUCGGUAGAAUUGUCUUGUGCAUCGAGAGCUGACCUCAAGAGGAUAAUAUUAGGUCAUGUUGACCUACAAGCAGUCUUCGCUGAUUCAAGCCCACUCGAGUCUUGAACGAGAGGUCCAGUUACAGACUGACCGAUCGCACACAAGUAGGGGUACUCUAUUCAAAGCUGCUGCUCAGGGUGAUACACAGAAAGUUGUGAGUCUGGUGCAAAAUGGAGCAGAUGUCAAUGAAGCUGACAGGUAUGGCAGGACCCCCUUGUACUUUGCUGCCAACAGAGGUCACGGAGCAGUAGCCAACAUACUUCUCCUGCAGGGUGCCAAUGUCAACUAUACCACAAAGACAGGAGAGACAGCCCUGUUGACUGCCUGUAGAGGGGGGCACUCAUCUGUCGUCAAAAUCCUCAUCAACUUUGGUGCAGACCUGGACACCAGGACCAAAGCAGCAGGGACAACCCCUUUGUAUGUUGCAGCAACCAACUGCCAUGAUGCAACUGUCAAUCUGCUCUUGCAGGCAGGGGCACAGGUCAACAUCACCAGUGAUGUACGUACAGUUCUGUUACCAAAAAAAAAAAAUCCACAAAAACCCAUGUAGUGUUGUCCAAAUAACAGUCUGGAACUUUAGCCUGGUAACCAUACCAUUGGGGCCGUACCAUUGUGAGGUCCAAGGUAUCUCUAUGGUACUAGGAGUGUUACAUAUCCAAGGCCCUUAGAUCUACAGGACAAUGUUAGUAAUGUGAAAAGCUGGCAGGA